CGCCAGCUUUCCUUCAGUGGGUCGACCUUGAAGAUUGGAGCUCCAGUCUCUGACUAAAACUUGUGAUUAACUGUAUCUCCACUGAAACACAUCGGUUAUAUCUGGCAGAAGUGACCAAUAAGAAAAUGGUUUAUCCAUAUAUAUACAAAUAUACAAGUAAAGGAAUUUGAUAGACGAGUGUCAAGCAACAGGUGAGCGAGAGUGAAGUGAAGUGACAAAGGAAGAACAACGAAGGACCUCACGAACUUCACCGACAUGACGAAACCUGGGAUCUGAGAUUCUGGAUUUGCGAAUUCUGCUUUACGCCUGUGAAAGUUAUUUACAACUGAGGUGAAGAUGGGGGUCGUGGCCAUGCGUCGUCGCCGCAGACUGAGGAGCCGGACACGUGCUUAUUUUGUGGCUGUGUAGAGGAGGCAGGACGCCGUUUUAUUUCCAAGAUACUAGGAUGAAGGAUUUUUCAAGCGGUCAUAUGACUGACACAAAGUUCAGGUGCAUUUUCCCUACAGGAUUGUUGUAGCUAGGCAUACAGUACCAUGUAAGCAUACGCAGAUUCCUGGAAGACGGUGGGCGUCACCAUGGCGUGCACAGCCGGAUCUCUCAGCGCGUCCGGCCUCGGGUUAGCGAUCAGGUAUUUGCUGCUGGCAUGGAUCGUCCCGUCCAAGACUACAUCCUUAAUCCAGAUGCCGAUGGCAGCCUACACCAAAAAUGAUAUCUGCUUCGGGAAGUAUUUCAAGGCCAUCACCAAAUUUGGAAAACUGGUCCUUACCACGUCCUUUAUGCUUGUUUACCACUCUCUCGACACCUCUGACGGAACCAUGUCAGUCAAGGACUACUGUCUUCAGAAAAUGGCCUGGUCCAACACGAAAUUCAGGGAAGCUUUCAAUGCAUCAGAGAGGGAAAUUCUAUCUAAAAGCCCUCAAGCAAACGAUUUCACUUGUGACAUCUCACUUGCCUUUAAACUGAUUACAACUAUCCUGGGGAACAUAAUAGAACCCCUCAAGAAAGACCUCCGAGACCUGAAGAAUAUGAGGAACAGGGUGUGCCAUGAGGACGUGGACAUGGACGAGGCAGAGUUAAAGGAUCGGUUGAGCAACCUCAAGAUGGUCUGUCGGAACAUCCUCGAGGGAGUCGGCACUUUGACAACUGAAGACACCUCAACUUUAGUGCUAGAUAUUGAGAAGGGACUCCAGGACUUGUUAGAGGAUAAGCUAGAUAUUCUAGAUGUGGAAAACUAUGUGCAAGACGUCGAAAACUUUCGAAAAGAGAAACAUUCAAAGAUGAUAACAGAAGGAAGAAAAGAACUGAUGGCUACUUAUUCCAAAUUAAAGAUACUCAAUCCUUGCACUUGGCUAAGUGACAAUAAGUUCAUCAGUUUUGCUGUAGAUAAGAUCUUUACCGAAGUGAAAUUGAUGGAAGGAGUUAGAAGAGUCAUGAUGAAUGACAUCUUGAACAUCACUUCACUAAAGCAAAGAUUCAUCGCACGGUUGAUCAUCAUCUCGGGGGUGAUGGGUGCAGGGAAGACUUCCCUUUACCGCUACAUCUUGGACGAAUGGUGCAAACGCUCUCUGACUAUCACAGGCCUAACAGCUAUUGAUAUGGUGAUUGCCAUUGAGAUGAGGACUGUCAGCAGUAAUUCACUAGUUCAGUUCCUGAGGGAGCAACUCUUGUGUCACACCUGUAGGUCCUUCAGUGAAAGUGACAUAAUUCCAAUUUUACAAGAUAUGAACAUUCUCUUUGCUAUAGAUGGCAUGGACGAAGCAAAUUACCAUGGGAGAGCUCUUGUAAGAGAAAUAGCACACAAAUUCACGAACUCCCACAUCAUCGUCACUACAAGGCCUGAGCACUCACUAGAGUUGAUGCAAAUGGCUGAAGAUCACAUUGUCCUCCAAAUCGAGGGUUUUGACCACGAGAGUCAAAUCCAUUUCGUAGAAAAAGUUUUUGCUUCAGUUUAUUCACAAAAUACACAAGGGAAGGAAGCAGAAGAAUUCUUGGAGUACAUGUCUACAACCUGCAAACCUCUCAUGAGUCAUUUUGCUCUUCCACUAACAUUAGCAUUGCUAUUAGUGUUGUGGUUUGACGAUUCAACCAAAAUGUCCAGUAUCACUACCAUUACGCGCCUACACCACAAAAUAUUUGAGAUGUGUCAACAAAAGCUGGUGACACGACUUGAGGCCAAGGGAGAGGGCCACACAGUAUCUCUCGCACGAAAAGUGCGUCGCUGGGUCCUCGAGCUUGGCAAAGUAGCAUGGAAUAUGAUGGAGGAGGACCUGCUGUACAUCAGUGAGAAACACGCUAAUGAAUUAAUGGAUGUAUGUGAGAAAGAAGGCUUGGACCCCAUACAAACAAUGUCCGCUUUCCUUAACUGUGAAGUCAACGACACAAUCACUGGUAACAGGCAUCACUUCUCUUUUCACCAUACGUCUGCCAUAGAGUUUCUUGCUGCUAUGUACAUGGCAGACAUUUCAGCCUCUUGGGGAUCACUGGGGACCACCUUUGAUGAGAUUGACUGCACAGGAUACAGGGAUCUUCUCAUGUAUCUAACAGGACUCUUGAAAAUGAAUGGAACACUGAACAUGAAGCUGGCCAGUCAGCUGAAAUACGUGCUCUUAUAUAACAUGAAUGUGUGCCCUAGUGAUUACAACAUCUGGUGGAAUCUGCUGCGGGAAGGAGAAAAUGACCAGUCAUUGUGUCAGAUGGUGGGAUCGAUUGUAAAUCAGGCAGAUAUUUGGACUGUAAAUUCCUGGGAUUCUCAGGAAACGACUGAAGCCAAAAUGAAUCUAUUAAAGCAAACUGGCGGUGCUCCUGCUGAAGUAGUUAUCAAUGUCAACUACAAAACGGCCUUCAGCAGCUGCCCAAAAUUACAAAAUAUUGUCUCCUUACUUGCAACAGCAGAGAAGUCGAAAGUAAAGAUCUAUUUAGAAAAUGAGUUUCACGCCACCGGAGAAACAGAAGUGUGUGACCACUACUUCGUGCCUUUGUUAAAGGCUAAUAGACUAGUAGAAUUUAAAGGUCACAUUGGCAGGGAUUUUGCAUCAAAACUCGUUAGUGCUACCAAUGCCCAGUCCAUUUUCGUGAGAGUCUCAGACAUUCAGGCUCUAGUUAAACUUGGUGAAAGUAUGCGGAAACACAGACGAUGGAAAGUAAAGUUCAUGCCAUCACGUAGAUGGACUUUGAAGUAUGUAGAAAUCUUUUUGGAUCUAAAGAAGGACACCGAAGUGUCCCUCAUCCCAGACUUGAAGUAUCCCGGCACCUUAGUGGUAAAGUUGUCAGGCAUCAGUGAUACAUCAGCCGCUUGGGCGGGAGCGGUUCUGAAGCGAAUCAGUAGUCAGUAUACCUCUGUGAUCCUUCAAGCCUGCCAGAUAACCGCUUCUGGAAUGGAACAGUUAAUCGGUGAAAUAAAGGGAGUGAAGGUCAAAGUGUUUCGUGUAAUGUCUGAUGUUACUGUGUCAGGGGACGAAGUGAAAUACCUAGCCAAAAAGAGUAACAUAAACAUUGGCUGGAGCCUAACGUAACAGCGAGCACUCGGGUUGUUUUCCAGUGGAAUGUGAUAUUGUGAUAUGCUGAUGUCUCAGCUAAACUAUACAAACAUUAUAGGUCGUGAUGCCAGGGAUGUGAUGUGGUUAUCGCUGACGAUAAAUUUUCGUUAAUGUAUGUUAUUUAAUGAUUUUGUAUGAUUUUAUUACAUUACUGUAUUUUU